CGGGAGAAGAGGAAGGCAGAGAGAGAGAGACAGAGGCAGGUGCGGCGAGGACAGCUCUCCCGGACCGCACAGAGCGCAGGGUGGGAGCCCGGAGCCCCGCGCCCCAGCCAGGCAGCCGAGGCGCGGAGACCGCGAGCUCGGGCUGGGGGCGCCGAGCCCAGCGCAGCAGGCGAGCCCGGAGGUCCAGCCAUUCCGGCGCUCGCUCGCCUCCCCUAGCCCGGCGCGGGGCUGUCCUCGGUGCGGGGAUAGCGCUCCUCCUCCUCCCCCGGCACUGGCCGCGGGCAGCUCGGGGCAACAGUGCAGGGACCAAACUCUCGGGAGAGCCCAGGUGCACGCUGCCCGCCAUGGACCCCAAGGACCGCAAGAAGAUCCAGUUCUCGGUGCCCGCGCCCCCCAGCCAGCUCGACCCCCGCCAGGUGGAGAUGAUCCGGCGCCGGAGACCAACCCCUGCCAUGUUGUUCCGGCUCUCAGAGCACUCCUCGCCAGAGGAGGAAGCUUCGCCCCACCAGAGAGCCUCAGGAGAGGGGCACCACCUCAAGUCGAAGAGACCUAACCCCUGUGCCUACACUCCCCCCUCACUGAAAGCUGUGCAGCGCAUUGCUGAGUCCCACCUACAGACCAUCAGCAACUUGAGCGAGAACCAGGCCUCCGAGGAGGAGGAUGAACUGGGGGAGCUUCGGGAGCUGGGCUAUCCAAGAGAGGAAGAAGAGGAGGAUGAGGAUGAGGAUGAAGAGGAGGAGGAAGAGGACAGCCAGGCUGAAGUCCUGAAGGGCAACAGGGGAACUGUGGGACAGAAGCAAACCUGUGGCCAAGGUCUGGAGGGGCCCUGGGAACGCCCACCCCCUUUGGAUGAGCCCCAGAGAGAUGGAAGUUCUGAUGAUCAAGUGGAAGACAGAGCAGCACUAAGUGAGUCGGGAGAGGAGCCUCAGCGCCCUGGCCCCCCUGAGCCUGGCACAUAAGCUCCUAGUCCUGCAUCUCCUAGGAGGACGUGUCCCCCAGAAACCCGUUCUGGCCUCACCCUACUUUGUACCCUUCCCCUCACUUGCUAGGGCUGCGGCUUCUGACUUCUAGAAGACUAAGGCUGGUCUGUUUGCUUUGGCUGAUGCCCAGAGUCCCUGAUGCCUUUCCCUGCCAGUUGUUCUUUCAUUCACCCGGUGGGAGGGGGGACAUGAGAGGGCCCACCCUAGAAAACCCAGGAAGCCAGAAACAAAUACCCUUCUCCAUUCUACUCUCCAGGUCCUCUCCCCUAGGCACAGGAGACCCACAGGGCAGGACCCUAAGAUCUGGGGGAAGGAGGUACUGAGAGCCUGCAGGUGCCCGGAGAUCUCCAUCCCCUCUCCUAUGGGAGACUCCAAUUCACCACCCCUCUCACAGGCUUCUAUCAGGGUCCAGGCCUCAGGCAUUCUCCACAGCCUCAAUAUUUUGGACAUCAUCUUCCACCAUUACCCUUGUUCCUGCUGGGUGCCUGCAAGAUGAACUGGCAGAGGCUGCUUAUUGCAUUUUCUUUAUGCUUUGAUGCCAGGAAUGCCACUUAGUAUAUAUCCUUAGAUGGAGCACACAGUGGAGGUCCUGGUUUUUCUUGUCCUCCAGCUGCUUGGCCCCUUCCCCUUCUUCCCUGACUCCAAGCCUGACCCCCAUAUCAUGCUGUAA